GGCUCGCCUCUAAACUAAAUACAAGAUUUGCAUAAACUUUCCAGACAACACACUUCUUUUGAAAGGUCGCAGAAAUUCUCGGACGGAUUUAGCAAACACGGAGGAGAUCAAUGGCUAAAAUGUUACUGUAAUAAAACGCUGUGAUUUUCCGCGAGGAUUUAAUUUCGGUGUUGUCACACGCGCGUUGUAAUGGCGGAUCAUUUAGAACUUGUGGGUGAAAUUCCGAAGGUCGAGAAACUUUCCGUGCAAGAUCGCCUAGAGCUCGCAAAGAAGCGACGAUCCCAACAACUGAGACGAUGGGAAAGAGAGAAAGAUGAAGAAUUUGGUCCGCCACCGCCUAAAAAGAGACCUCAACGAGCAAAACCAGUGAAAUUCGAACCUAGAAUUAUUCUGUUGGAAGCCGCUUCACGAGGUGAUUGCGAUGAAGUGAAAAAGAUGCUUGAUUAUGGAGUUGACCCAAACUUGGCAAAUGACGACGGACUUACUGCUUUACAUCAAGCGUGUAUUGAUGAAUGUGAUGAGAUAGCAGAACUUCUUGUGGGUUAUGGUGCCAAUAUUGAUGCAGAGGACCGUGAAUUGUGGACACCUUUGCAUGCUUCAGCUGCAUGUGAAAACUAUUCAAUGGUCCAGUAUUUAGUGGAAAAUGGUGCUGACGUUGUUGCUAUCAAUGCUGAUGGAAACUUGCCAGUUGAUUUGGUUGAAGAAGAUGAUGACCUGAAGAAUUUCUUACAUGAAGAGAUGAACAAAUAUGGUUUCAAUGAAGAUAAGAUCAAUGAACUUGCUAUUUUAAGAGAGACACGAAUGCUUGAAGAUAUUAAAGAUGCAGUUGAAAAGAAAAGAGACUUGGAAAUCAAGGAUAUGCAAGGUGCAACAGCGUUACAUAUUGCAGCAGCUAAUGCCUAUGAGGAAGUUUUAGAAUUCUUACUUGAGAAUGAUGCAGAUGUAGAUGUUGUGGACAAGGAUGGGUGGAAACCUAUUCAUGCUGCAGCCUGCUGGGGAAAUGAAAAAGCAAUUGAACUACUUGUAGAGCAUGGAUCUGAUCUUGAAAGCAGAACACCUUAUGGUGAAGCUCCGUUAGAUUUAUGUGACGAUGCUGACGUGCGGCAGUUCAUCAUUGAUCUCAAGGGAAAAAUGAAGACGAACAAGUUUAAAGUGAAGAAUAACAGGAGAAAAAGGAAUAACUCAAGAUCGUUGUCUGUUAAACGUUCCAGUCUUAAAGAAAAAAUUUCCAUUUCCCAGAGUGAAGCUAAGGCAGAGGCAAUUCUUAGACAACACCCUGAACUGGCUUUCCUCAUCGCGAAGGACAAGAAGACAGAUGAUGGACCAAAUCAAUUGGAUCUAAGUGUAGAAGAUCCUACUUUGCCUAAAGAAGAAUCUCCUCUACCUGCAAGACCACAGAUUGAGGAGAAAAGUGCUGUUACUAAUGAGAAAGAGGUCUCUGAAAAUUCUACAGCAAUGAGAUACCAAAGAACUUCAGAAGUCAAGGAGACAAUUGUGACAAAUACUGUCAAUGGGAAAGUUUUAGAACAAGGAAAUAAUGAAAAGAAGAACAAAUCUCUUGUUAGCACAGCAAAUAACAAUGAACAAUUCAACAAGGAAAGAUCUAGAGAACCUCUUCCAAAAGAGAGAGAGGUCAUUGUGCCUAGACAAGGCACUGAUACAACAAACAUUCAAUAUAAGAGCCAAAAUGAUACAAAAGAGCAUGUAUUGCAGGGUAAAACAAACUCUAGGUCCAUAGAGGUUCCAUCACAGAUACCUUCAGGUCGUCGUCAACUUCCUGCAGAUCCAAGAAUACAACAAGCUACAAAAGAUAUAAAGGUGGUUAAUAGUAAUCAUGCUAGUCAAGGAGUUGUGGCGUCUAAGGCAGACAGGACUCCUGUAAAUAUGUCUUCUUCAGAGCUUAGUUCCAACUCCAAUUCAACAGCACAGUCUGUCACAUCAGUGCCUAAGUCUACAAAGACACGAGCUGCGCCUCCAGUGCCAAGAUCUUCUGGAAGUACAGGUAGUAGGAACCAAGUGCCAUUAUCUGACACAUCAGGUUACCCAGAGUCAUUUUCCAAAAGGAAGUCAAGAGAUUCUCGAGAGAUUUCAGAUACUGCUUUGCAACAGUUAGCAAAGGAUAUCAAGGAGUCCAAAGUUAUUUCACCAUCAGAUGUCAAACUAUCUUCUGAUGCUAAGAAUGCCAGUUACACACCCAAACCAGAGACACCCCAACCACAACAGCAGAACAAUACUCCAGCAACACUUAAUGUCUCACCUGAAACAGCUCCAACAAGGAAAAUAUCUGACACAAACAAUGUAACUAAUUACAUUGUAGAAGAACCCAGGCGUAAAUUUAAACAACCUGCAGGUGCUAUAGAAGUGGAAGAUCAUAAAAAGUCCUGUUGUGUUAUCAUUUAACACUCCAAGAUGGCAAUGAAGCACUGCAACAUCACAAUUACUUGAUUGUGUUCUUGUGACAAUGUCUUGGCUGCCAAUUGAAAGUAGGUGUCAUAGCAGUAUUUGAGGCAGUCAUUAUUGAGAUAGGCCUCACAGCUUGGAGCACUAAGAUGUGAGAUAAAUUUUCAGCAAUUGCCGGGUAGAAAAGGCCUUUAGGUUUUCAGGAAAAAUGGACUACUUUUAAAAAAGACUGGGAAAAGUGCAGGUUCUGUAUAGUUACUUAGUAUACACCACAAUUGUCGAGCAGAAACUCCUUGUAGCAUCCACAAUCAAUCUGCGCACACAAUCUUUUGUAAGUACAACGAAAAAAUAUGCAUGCAUUAACUACAUCAAUGAAAACAUCAAACACAUUUAAUAUUAUGGUUGCACACACUGACUUUUGCAAUGGACUUGAUUGCUGCAGCUGCAAUCCUGCUAAGCUACUCUAGAAAAAGUAUGUGUUGAGAUAUUGCUACUCGGUUUAGACAUCUCCGGGCAAACCAUCAAGAAAAGAAGAACUACAAAUUAGCACUGAGUAGCUAUGAAUACAUUAUUCAAGGAGAUUCAUGGAAAAUUGGCAUGGAAGACAAAUGUAAAAUACUAUUUUUGCUAGUUUAUUUCUCUUUCAUAAAUCUUUCCAUUUUGGAGAUGUCAAUUUUUUUUUAGGUAAUUGCAAUUAGGUAAUCAAGAGUAGUAGAAUGUCAUUGUACAUCUGAGGACAGGAUUUCAUCAUGAACAUAAAAAAGGCAAAAUGAUUUGGAUGAAAAAUUUAAAUACAAUAAACAAGUGCAUCUUGCAACGCAUGCAGACUUUUACUUUCCAGAUAGGUGUACUUCACUUGCACAUUUUAAUUUUUUUACAAAACUUCCAGCCUCUUGGGUUGGUUUGUCUUUCGGUUUGUUAUCCAUAUUGGAUUAAUUUCUAUGUUCUUAAGUAUUUUAUUGUUAAUAGUGAAAGAAUUAAUUUAUGAGUCAGAGCACAUAUUGUCUUAUUAAUAUAAGAAAAUCAGGGGUGGAAAAGGUUCACUCGGCUGUAGAAGUUUCCUUAUUUGUCCUUUCCCUUUGAUGUAGACAUUUGUAAACUUUUGUUGAGGAACACCAAAUUUGACUGAAAAGGACAAAAUAUAUUUAAUACUUUUUAUACUGUAACAGUUACCUAUAGGAAACAAACAAAAAUGUUUAACCCUGUCACUCCUAAUAUCUCAUUUGAAAUUCUCCUUACUCUCUGCCAUACAUUCCCUAUCAUUUUAGGAUUGAGAAUUUGGUCAUGGAUCAACUCAUUGUCCCCUUAUUGAUAUUUUUCUAUGUUCUCAUCACUUGUUUGCUUAAUUUUGUAUUGAUGUUGUAAGGAGAAAUUAUCCAUUGGUCAUUCAUGGGAGCUAAAGGGUUAACAUUAGAUGCAGUUUCCUCUUCUUUAUCUUUUUGUGCCAUUUGAGACAUCAUAUUUUCAUAGCAUGUUUUAAAGUCAAUUGGUUUGGAAUAGUGUCUUGAGAAAAAUUAGGUAACUACAGAGUUAGGUUUUGAUAUUUUAGCACAAGUAGAAGGGAGGAAAGCGGUGUACUGACUUCCUCAUGUUGUCACGUAAAGAAGAGCCUCCAUUUGGCUUGAAAAAUGCACAUAUAUCUUUCUGCAGAUACCAUUUGUUCCAAGAUACAAACACUUUUUCGAGAGCAAAGUUUGAGGAAAAGUGAGCUUUGAGAAACAGAUCUAAAUUUCUAAGGACAAAUAUACAAGGAUAUUUUUAAACCAAAUGGAGGCUAUUGUAUUCAUUGUCCUUCAAAUAUUUUUGCAAGGUGUGGGGAAAAAUAAUUACAAGCAGCUUUAAUACUGUUUACAGCAUCAGAUGUUCACUUUUCAGCAUUCUCUAGUUACUGUAUGACUUAGUGAACAAAAAUGUCACUUCUUCUAACAACCACAUAAGGCUCUCAUCUUGAAUUAAAUUUUUAAUGAAGACUUAUGGGACAUAAGGUUUGGAAAUUGGGGAAUAUCACUCAAGGUUUUUCUUUGGAUAUUCCCCAGUUUUAGCUGAGGCAUAUGGGGUUACGUGAUGUGCACAAAUAUUUGAUGGAUUAUAAAUUGUGAUAACUGUUGCUGGGGUCACUUUGGCAAAAUAGAUCAAUCUGAUUAUAAGAAACAAGCCUUGAAUUUUGUCAUAAUUCUGUCAUUUCUUCUUGCUUUGUUUCUAAGCAGUAGGUUAGUUGGAUCAGUGUUUCAUGUAGUAUCAUUGGUUACUUUUGUUUAAGUUGGGACCAUGGUAACAGAGGUGGCUCUGUGAAAUGAGCAAAAGAUAGAGAGAAAAUAAUUCAUUUGUAUUUUCAAGUUAUUCAUGUUGUAGAGAAUAAAAUUAGAGAUUUUUUGA